AGGGUGCCAGUGAUGCCCGGAUCGCCCGUGGAAGUGAAGAUACAGUCCAGGUCCUCUCCUCCCAACAUGCCGCCACUGCCCCCUGUGAACCCCGGUGGCCCCCGGCCGGUGUCCUUCACCCCGACUGCAUUGCCCAACGGAAUAAACCAUUCACCCCCGACGCUGAAUGGGGCACCAUCCCCACCCCAGAGGUUUAGCAACGGUCCUUCCUCCUCCUCCUCCUCCUCGCUGACGAACCAGCAGCUCCCGGCCACAUGCGGCGCCCGGCAGCUCAGCAAGCUGAAGCGCUUCCUCACCACCCUGCAGCAGUUUGGCAACGACAUUUCGCCAGAGAUCGGGGAGAAGGUCCGGACCCUCGUCCUGGCAUUAGUGAACUCAACGGUGACAAUCGAGGAGUUUCACUGCAAGCUGCAAGAGGCAACGAACUUCCCCCUCCGGCCGUUUGUGAUCCCCUUUCUGAAGGCCAACCUCCCGCUGCUGCAGAGAGAGCUGCUGCACUGCGCCCGGGCUGCCAAGCAGACGCCUUCCCAGUACCUGGCGCAGCACGAGCACACAAACACGACGUCCCCCGCUGACUCCUCCGAGCUGCUGAUCGAAGUGAACGGGAAUGGGAAGAGGCACAGUCCGGACAGAAGGGAAGACAGCAGCUUUGAGAGGGAGCCGCUGCCGACAGAGCCUCCGGCCAAGAGAGUGUGCACCAUCAGCCCCGCGCCCCGGCACAGCCCUGCCCUGACAAUCCCCCUGAUGAACCCUGCGGGACAGUUCCACCCCACCCCACCACCCCUCCAGCACUACACCUUGGAAGAUAUCGCGACCUCCCACCUCUACAGGGACCCCAACAAGAUGUUGGAGCACAGAGAGAUUCGGGACAGGCACGGCGGUCUUGGUUUGAAUGGAGGAUACCAGGACGAGCUGGUGGACCACCGCUUAACGGAGAGAGAGUGGGCUGACGAGUGGAAGCAUCUCGAUCACGCACUGAACUGCAUCAUGGAGAUGGUGGAGAAAACCCGGCGCUCGAUGGCCGUGCUGCGGCGCUGCCAGGAGGCCGAUCGGGAAGAGCUCAACUACUGGAAGAGGCGGUGCAGUGAGACGGCCGAGCCGCGGAAGGCGGGCAGCGAGCUCAUCUCCAGGCAGCACAGCCCCAGCAGCUCCGACUCCAUCGGCAGCGAUUCAUUGCGGGAGUUCAGCAGCAGGUCAGGAACGGGCUACGUCACUGAAGAGAUAUGGAAAAAAGCUGAAGAAGCCGUGAACGAGGUGAAGCGCCAGGCCAUGUCAGAGGUGCAGAAAGCGGUGGCGGAGGCCGAGCAGAAGGCGUUUGAGAUGAUUGCCUCCGAGAGGGCUCGGAUGGAGCAGACCAUCGCAGAUGCCAAGCGCCAGGCCACCGAGGAUGCUUUCUUAGUGAUAAACGAACAGGAGGAAUCUACAGAGAGUUGCUGGAACUGCGGUCGCAAAGCCAGCGAGACGUGCAGCGGCUGCAACAUCGCCCGGUACUGCGGCUCCUUCUGCCAGCACAAGGACUGGGAGAGGCACCAUCGAAUCUGCGGCCAAGGCCUGCAUGGCCAGAGCAAGCCGCUGGCUCUGCCCACGGGCCGAGCCUCGGCCGCCAAGAGCCUCGACGGCGUGCCCAGCCCGGCCCUCGAGAAGACUUCAGCGACCACCUCCCGGUCCUCCACCCCGGCAUCCGUGACAGCAAUAGACACGAACGGACUCUAA